AUGGAAAAUAUCAAAACUUCAAUGGAUUCUUUUAUGCAAGAAGUUUAUUAUGAAUUAGAUUUAUUAAAACAAACAAAAUAUGGAAUGUUCAGUGAUGUUGCUAUAAUGAAUUUAAGAACAAAAGUUAAUAUUUAUAAUUUCAGAUUUCUUUAUGUUAUGCUUUGUGGUAUUUGUGUAUUUAUUGGAAUGUUUGUUGACUCAUUAUUAUUCUUUUGA